CAACGUUUCAACCAACGUAUUAAUCCGUGCGCUCUUCUAAGAUAAACCUGAUGUUUAUAUUCAAUUGAUCAGUGUUCUCGUGGUUGAAGUGGAUUAAAAUAUAUGCGAAUAUGGACGGACAAUGCAUAGGCAAGGGAUUACGUAUGAUACAAGUGCGUGUACUUCAUUUGGAUGACAGUAUACAUACUUUUCAAAUCUCGGGUCAUGCAUUAGGUGAGGAGUUGUUCGCAAUAGUUGUCGAUCGAUUUCGAUUGCUCGAAGCUGAUUAUUUCGACCUGGAAUAUGUUAACGAUGAAGGAAUGAGAUUUUUCCCUACUGAAAGUCAUUUCACCUAAAUUAUUUAUGAUAGAUUUUUCUGGAGAAAAAAAAUCCCUCUCUGCCUGGCUUUCUGCAGACAAACACACAAAAUGUCAGUCCAUAGUAGCAUUGUUGCCAUACGCGAUAAUGGGGCGGAAUAAGUAAAUGAAAGUUUCUUUCAUUUGAUUUCCCCUUUGUUUCAUAGUGAAAUGUAAGAGACAUUCCGUGAAAUAAAUGUAAUAGACCAGUAUCCCGUGAAAUAUAUGUUUUCGAAUUGAA